UCUGGUGGGAGCGGGAAACGACAGGCUAACACUGAUGUAUUCAGAGUAAGAUUCCUGAGGCCUUGCAGAGGGUUCCCAGUACAUCCAGACUAACAGAGCUAGAGGGGUGGGGUCCUGUUUGCUCCCAGUCCACGAGAAGAAAGGAAGGGCUGGUCCUUUCUGGGGCUCACCUGGACACCAAGAAGCUGAAAGGAUGUCUCUUCCCCGUCAGCUGCGAGACAAGAGUGACUUUGACCAGCUUCCAAAUGAGGUGCCUGUCUCCGCUAACAUUGCAGAUGCCCAAGAGAAGAGCGGCUUCACCAGUUACUAUGUGUUUGUCAUUGAGGUGAAGACAAAAGGAGGUGGCAGAUACUUGAUCUUCCGCCGCUACCGCCAGUUCUACGCCCUGCAUAACAAGCUAGAGGAGAGAUAUGGGGCAGAAAACAAAAGCAACACCUUUGCCUUCACCCUCCCCGUGUUGCCAGGAAAGGUUUAUGUUGGCGCGAAAAAGGAGAUUGCAGAGAGCCGGAUCCCUAUCCUCAAUAUUUACAUGAAGAAGCUGCUCUGCCUGCCCAGCUGGGUGCUGAUGGAUGAACACCUACGACUGUUUUUCUACCAGUCGGAGUUUGACUGCGAGCAGGUGCCACAGGGGCUGCGGCGGCUUCGCCCACGCACUCGCCGAGUCAAAAGCAUUGUGCCCCAGGCGCCCGGUUUUGACCGCAUGGCAGCUCCGCGGGCUGAGGCACUGUUUGACUUUCUUGGAACCAGUACACUGGAGUUGAAUUUCAAGAAGGGAGACUUGAUCUAUCUACUCAGCAGGAUCAACAAAGAUUGGCUAGAGGGAACCGUCCACGAGGCCACUGGAAUCUUCCCAUGUGCUUUUGUGAAGAUCAUUCAAGACUUACCCCCGGAGGAGGGCACUAUCAAUUGGCUGCGCUGCUAUUACCAGGAUGACACUGUCAGCAGCAUCAGGGACAUAUCAGUGGAAGAGGACCUGAGCAGCACCCCAUUGUUCAAGCACCUCAUGGCAUUAAUGAGGAGAGAGUUUGACCGUGAUGACAUUGUUCUGAAUUACCGGGACUCUGAGGGUGACCUGAUCCGUCUGGUCUCUGACCAGGAUGUCGAACUCAUGGUGUCUCAGAGCAGGAGACGGCCCUCUAAGAAGCAUUUUUUCCCUUGGAAGUUGCACAUCACCCACCAAGAUGACCUCAGUGUCUACAACACCAGCCCAGGAGGAGACACUAGUCAGGCACUAGAAAUGAAAGGACGGUGACUGCCACAGGGAGCCGUUUCAACAGGUGGCUGCACCCCUCCAUUCACUGUACCGACUGCUUCUUUUAACUAGGCUUGAGACAGGCAACAAUCACAGCAGGUUAGAUACUGGUGCCCCGGGACAUGGAACAAUCAGAAAAAGUGGACCUACUGGCGCCUGAGAGCAGAAGUGCUGAGGUGUCAGGGGAGCCCUGCAAGCCCAGGCACCUCAAAGACGAAGUGGACAUUGUUAGUAAAUGUAGUUAGUAAGCUGGCUGUAAAUAAUUGUAAUUGUGUGUCCGUGUUGGGUUUGAAGUGUUGUUUUGGCUGGGAAGAGAAGAUGUGCUAUUGUGGAUUAUGCCUUUAAGGGCUGAGCGCCCCAGCUUGAAAUCUGGGGCCGACUGGAACUGGUCACGGAAUAAAGCAGAGCUCUGUCUAGUGCCUUUAGCACUGAGUGAUGACAGAACACCACAAAAGGGAAUGGGAAGGAUGCUGGGGGACCCCAAAUGGCCCCUGGGAUUUGCCAUGCUGCUGGGUCACCCUACAGUGAGGAGGAUAAUUUCAGGGACUUUUAUGACAAGCUGUUCCUGCUUGUCUAAGCCCAAUCUCCCAUAGCAACGUCUCUCUGUGGGCAUGAAGAUGCCAGCAUCUCAGGGUCCGUGUUCAUAGAAUCAUAGAAUAUCAGGGUUGGAAGGGACCUCAGGAGGUCAUCUAGUCCAACCCCCUGCUCAAAGCAGGACCAAUCCCCAAUUUUUGCCCCAUAUCCCUAAAUGGCCCCCUCAAGGAUUGAACUCACAAUCCUGGGUUUAGCAGGCCAGUGCUCAAACCACUGAGCUAUCCCUUCCCCUGUUCUCUGAUGUCUAGGUUCACUUCACAGAUAGUAAAUCCAAAUGGGAAUCAGAGUAACAGCCGUGUUAGUCUGUAUUCGCAAAAAGAAAAGGAGUACUUGUGCACCUUAGAGACUAACCAAUUUAUUUGAGUGUAAGCU